UCACAGUCCCCAGAUCUUAAUCCUAUAGAACAUCCCUGGGUAAAGGUAUAAAACAGCAGUUUAGAACAUGUCAGUCCCUCCAUGUAAUUUGAGAGAAAAUAUCCUAUGAAGAUUGGACCAAGAUUCCUGCUGAGUAUUUUCAGCACAUAGUGCUGUGCCAGAAAGAAUUGCUGCAGUUCUGGAGGCCAAAGAAGGUCCAACAUGCUAUUAAAUGGGUGUACUUAAGCCAGAUACACUGUGUCCUAUAAUAGGAUGUUGCUGGAAUGUAUGUGGAUGUUGUUGGAACGGCCGCAGAGUUGCAGCAGCAGUACAGGAUGGAUUGUGGGCGACGGAACCGAACGGCCUUCAGGAUUCAAGUAGAGAAAGUUCACGGGGUAAUAUGCAGCGUGUCUGGUCUGUCUGCUUUGGAAGAGAAACAUUUGGCCAAAAGAGCAAGACACAGCCAGGAGGAUGAUUGUUAUUAUGUUCAAGAGAUGUUUGACCCGGUCAGGGUGACACACUUUAGUGAGGGCAGCAGUAUCCUAGAGGACACUACAGACAGUGACGGAGACAUCUCAGAGCGCGAGAUCGCUGAACAGGAGCAUGUCCGGCUUUGACACACGUGCCCUGCGCUGACCAGUACCGCCAGCAACCACAACACGUGGAGACGUAAUCCUCUUUAACUACUUGUCCUUCCUCCAUGUAUAUACACUCAAAACUCCAGUUUAGAGUGGUCAAUGGCACUUACGCCAGCACACUGUACCGGUUUGAUCACCUGUAGUCAGAGAUGCACGGACCCGUUGGUGCGUACGCGUAACUCGGAGCGGGUGCUGCUCUCCAAGGUUAUGCUGCUGCUUACUGUCACUCUCUCACGAGCACAAGUCCUCGUCUACUUUAACAAGGCUAAGUCACUGAUAAUGUAAUAACAAACAUGUUUGACAAAAUACUAGGUCAUGGUUUGCAGUCUAAAGUCCUUCUGACUUGCUGAGAGUUAGCCUGAUUUGAUUUAGCUUGUUCUUAACCUUUGUUUAGUAUGUUACAUAAAAGCUCAUGGAAAUAUUUCAGAUGUAACAUAAAUGUACCUGACCAUUUUCACUGAAAGAGACUGGUAGCUACAGGAUUACAUGAAGCUACAAUCAGAAUCGAUUUCUAGUCACCGAGCAUUAUUGUUGUGAAUAAUUAGAAUUUAAAUUAAUUCAUAUUUUGUUAAUUAUGUAAAUAAGUUACAAUCUUGGAAGAUAGUUUGUAUUCUGUUUCUAUAUGACAGUUAUAUAUUUUUUUGUUUGUUUGUUUGUUUUCUUAGUGUAAAUCAUGAUCUUAUAGUUUGUUUUCUAAGUGUGUUUCCAAAUUGCCUUUGACUGCUGUAUGCCUAAUUGCAGCAUUUAACCCCUCAUUUCGUCUCUAAUUUUUGACAUGUACUCUUGUCUUGCAUAAGUGGAAAGUCGAUCAGCCCCCGUUUAAAAAUGGUGAGCUUUUACUGUCACGUUAAUAACAUCACGCACGCGCACACCUAAUGCUUUGACUGUCCUGCACUUUAAAUAUCUUCUGCACAUAAUGGAGGGUGUGCAUAGUUAUCAGUUCCCUUCGUGCAAAAGGGUUGUCUUAGGUUACUGUAAAGUCUAACGCACAUUUGGAAUCCUUUCUUUUGCUGAGAUGUUACUAGCUCACAUGAUACUCAAAAAUGAGCACAAUCAUCGAAAUGCGGACAUCAUUGGGUACAGGGGUGCCUAGCCAUAGUCAUGAAUAACUGAAUAUAAAAGGCUGAACAAUCUACUAUAAGCAAUUGCAUAUUUCAUUAGGUUUUUUUU